UGUAAACACUAAACAAUGAUGAAUGAUGAAUGAACUUGGAAUUCAAUUUUCGAGUGAUAAGAAAGUUGGUUCACUUCAAAGUUGAUAUAUUUAAUUAAAUAACAAGUUUUUUCUACAAUAUGGUUUAGAAUACGUAAUUAGAUGAUCUGUUCCUCAAGUAAACACUUCACAAUUAAUUUUAAUUCACGGUGAUCGCUUAAAUCAUAAAGUUCCAAAAUGACUUUAAUGGAAUUCGCUGGUUGUGCUUUCACGGGUUUCGGACCCGCAUUUUCAUUAUUUUAUUGGACUAUAAUGCACGAUCCUAUCCGCAUUAUAAUUUUAAUCGCUAGUUCGUUCUUUUGGCUGUGCUCAUUACUUCUUGCAUCGACGUUAUGGUUUCUUUUCCCCGUUAAAGAAUGGCUAUGGCUUGGUAUUCUAACUUCGAUAUGUUUUCAAGAAUUCUUCAGGUAUUUAAUGUACAGAAUAUUGCGGAAAUCAGAACAAGGUCUGCGUUUGAUCACCGAACCCAAUUCUGCCAUCACGACGAGCUCACAUCUGUUAUCUUACGUUUCCGGUCUCGGAUUUGGUAUCGCCAGCGGUGCUUUCUCAUUAGUGAACCUUCUGGCAGAACUCAAAGGACCCGGUACUAUGGGAUUAAAAAAUGGAAACGAGUAUUUUUGUCUAUUUUCGGCGCUAUUUACCAUGUGUUUCGUUUUCCUACAAACAUUCUGGAGUGUUAUAUUUUUCCAAGGAUUAGAUACCCAAAAUCAUACUCUCAUAUUGUAUGUAGUAUUUUCGCAUAUACUUGUUUCGUGUUCAACGUUAUUAAAUUCUUACGGAUUUAACGUUAUAAUAAUCCUAUUUGUAUUCGCCGUUACAAUUUUGUCGGCAAUUAUAAGUUAUCGAAUUGCAGGAGGUCAAACGAAACGUUUUAGUAUCUUGUUUAAAAUUAAACGUAAUUCUACUGCUAGCAGUGACUAAACUAGAAAUCUUGUCAUUUGUCGCUGUGAAGUUUAUUUUAUGCCUUGAUGGUAAUUAGUAAUAUUUUACACUGGUGUACUUAUAUUUUUUGUAUGAUUGUUGCGUACCUAUUUUCCUUUUUAUAUGUAGUUUUUUAAUAUUUCGCAUAAACAUUUUUGUCCUUAAUGAAUGAGCAAUAUGUAAUCCUGUCCAUGUAUGUUCGUGGAUGUACAUUGUACUGAUUUGAAAACGUAUUCUAUUUUAUCAUCAUUUCAGUUUUACUGUUUUAUUAUUGUUAGAAAUUAACAACGUGAGAAAAACUUUUAAACAUAUAUUCAAUUAUAGUAGACUUUCUAAUUUAUAUUUAAUAUCGAAAUCAUUCCAGGGAAGAUUUUAUACUAUUAGUCGCUAAUUCAUUUAUUAUAAAUAGAAUAACGAUUUUGUGUACAAGUCUGGUACUGGUAUACAUGUGAUGUGGCUAAUAGCUAUUAGCUACUCAUAUUUUAAUACUAUGUACAUGAUCGUUAUACGCAUUUUGUAAUGAAGUUUUAAAUUGUUUGGAUAAUGUUUUUUACGUUUUAAUACAUAAUUUUCGUUUCAUAA